GCUAUUUUCACAUUCGGCACAUUUUACCUUUGAGUUAAAUGUUGAAAAAGAUGGAAUUUAUUUGCAGUAAAUUAAUUAUCAAGUGCAUCAAGACUUGUGUCCCCUGCACACAACAGCUUAUUCCCCAUCAAGUACAAAACAUCUCGAUUCCCCAGAUCAAACUCAAAGAUACCAUUGGUGGAAAAUCCUUUCGAUCUAUUCGGACCUUUCACGAUGAAACCUAACAAUCAAAACACUGGAGUACAAACCAGGGCCCAGUCAGAGCAGGAAGCCAGUGGAGGACAAGAUGAAGCUCCCCCUAGGACCACUACAUCAAGAUCGUCCACAACGACGACCACUACCAACUCAACAGAGAGGCCGGCUGGCUUCAUCUCACUGCCGCUUCCAACAAUUUCGACAGUGAGAACAACACCAAACAUUACCACGACCAACCCGCCCAGAGUCACCGUGCACCUCACGCCAUAUGACAGGGCAUCGUCAGCAGUUCAGUGGUGGCUGAACUUUAUGUCCUAUGUCAGCGUAUACCAAAUGACAGACAGCCAAGCAUUGAACAUCAUUCCGUUCAACAUCACCGAGCCUGUCAAACACUGGUUUUACCAACUGGCCCAAGCAUCGAAGUCGUCCUUGUCAGCCUUUAAACAUGCUUUCUUUGAUAGGUAUAGAAAAACUGAUGAGGACCUAGACCUAGACGAUAUCAAACAAGGCGCAAAUGAAAAACUUGACUCCUACCUAUUCCGGCUACAAUAAGCUGCGGCAGACCUCACCAUUCCAGAGCCGGAUCUCGUCAAAAAAGCCAUCAAGGGACUAAACCAAUCCAUUCGAGGCCAUGUAUAUAUGCGAAAACCAAAAACAAUGAAGGAACUGAGGACAGAGGC